UUAUCAUGACAAGUGUCACCGCUAUAGGCUAAAGGAGUGAAUUACAACAGGUGCAAAUAAGAUAUGAAAUGUUUACCUGAUAGUUGAGUGGAACCUUACCUUAAUUUCAUCAUAAAAUAUUAUGAUAAUCUCAGUGAUAUGAUCCGGUUGAAAGAAACUCCCAAAAUGUAGUAUGUUUAUGAACUAAUCCAAUGGAUGUGUCAAAACUGUUUCCCUUGGCUGUUAUUAUUGCCGUAACAGGCAUAUUGAUAAUUUACCCUCUUACACUGAUUGCUAUACUAAUUUUAAUAGCUACUAUUGCAACGAUUGCCUUCGCAGCUUUUACGGUAAUAUGGGUCCAUUUAGCGUUAAGUUCUACACACAAAACGACUGUGGGGGCAGAAAGCCUCUUCAAAAACAUGGAACAGCAUCGCAACAAAAUAAUGCAUUCUCUUGAGUACGACCUAAAAAAUAAGCCGAGUGUAACUUAUGUUCCUAUUGCUGGAAAAACAGUUGACAGUUUGCUUAAACAACUGCUAGACUUUUUUGUCAGGGAUUUUAUAUUGUACUACGUGGAAACCCAUGCAUAUGAUGCUGAGUCAAUUUGUGAAAAUAUCAAAGAAGAUUUGUGGAGUGGAGCGAAAACACUACAAGAAAGACUAUCGAGGAUUGAUCACAUAAAACUGAUAGCAUGUGAUGUUAUUGACAAGAUAACUAUACAUUUCGAAAAAAUUAGAGAGGCUAAAGCAUUGGCUCUGGAAACCAGAAAAUCUCCUGUGUUCACCACUUUUUCCCAUGUGACUUCACCUGCUAAAGAAAUAGAAUUCCUAAGGAAUUUAAGUCAACUAUUAAUUAUGUUUCUUCUGCCGAGAAGUUAUUUUUUGUCACCUUCCAAAUACCUCAUACGAGAAUGUCUAGUUUUUAAAUUGUUUUUACCACUGAUAAACCAAAUAACAGAUCCUGACUUCAUAAAUAGAAAUAUCAUUGUUUAUAUCGAGAGCAGAAAGCUAUCCUCAAAUGUUUAUGUAAGAGCCUUUGAGAGUGCUAGAACUUUUGAAGAUUUCCUAAGAAUCAUUAGGAAAACAGAUAACAUGGAUGCUUUGAUUUCAAUAAGAUAUAAUAUAGUGAACAGGAUAAUGCAAGCAACUACAUUACAAAAUCUCAAUCGAACCAAAGGGGUAGAUCUAGACAAUGAAAAGGCAAGUCUUUCGAUUGCAGGAAUCAGUAAAGCUGAUAUAAUUGGUGCCAAAAAAUUGAAGAAAUAUAUCAAUCAACUCACAUUCGCUAAAAAAGAAUGUGAAAGACAGCUGAAUAAGCUUGGACAGUGUGACCAGUAUCAUUUCAAUGAUGAAAAAGAUAAGGUGAUGCCACUAAAGAAUAUCUUAGAACAUAUUAUAGGAAGAAAAUACUUAUCCCAGUUUUUGGAAACACUAGCUAGUCAUGACUUGAUUAGAUUUUGGUCAGCAGUGGAGGAAUUGAAGACAGCACCCCGAAAAAAAUGGCAUCAACUUGGUGCAGAAAUUUUCUACACAUUUAUCCGAAAUUCUACAGGUGAAAUAAAAGUUGACAAAAAUAUCAAAAAGAGAAUGGAAGGAUUUUUAUUGGGGGAUAGAGGACCAGACGUAUUUUAUUUAGUGCAAGACCAGGUAGUGCAAACCAUAGAAGAUAAAUACUACCAGCCAUUUCUUAUCAGUGAUUACUAUAAGGAGAUGUUAAGAACACUAGAGAAAGAAGACAAGGCAGAGUCAGAUUCUCUCGGUUCUUGGGAAGAGAGGCAAUCUAUAGAUUCUGUUACAUCUGACUCGGGAUCCAACGUUGGCGACCACAAUAAUUAUGCGAAGAAGAAACUCGAUCAACUUCAAGAAAAAUGUAAUAAUAAAUUUCAGGCACUGCAGGCUUUGCGUGCUACUUUGAGGCAUGAUUCUAAGGUACUGGAUAUCUUAGAAAAAGAAGUUGAAUGGCUUCAAGGAGAGAAGCGUCAAUUAGAAGCACACAUAAAUAGAACUGAAAUUUGGGGAGAAAAUUUAGGUAAAUGGAGAGCAGUUGUGCAGAGUGUGGAGGUCCCUGAUGAAAAAGAACCACCCCAAUUUGUGAUGGUGGUUCAUAUGCUUGCUAACGACACUGUAGAAGGAGAGGAGGAUAUAAGUACAGGAUGGGUAGUUUGUAGGAGCCUAUAUCAAUUUCAGGAGUUGCACAGGAAAUUGAGAACCAUGUGUUCAGAAAUAAGGAGUCUAGAAUUACCAUCUAAUACUUUCAAGUUUUUAUUUGGAAAAACUGACAAAGCUUCACUCGAUAAGGCUAAACAACAGAUACAGAAAUACCUUGAGUUUAUCCUCCAAGAUGACAAGUUGAAUCAAAGUGAAGCAAUCUAUUCUUUUCUGAGUCCUAGUUCUGAUCAUUUGAAACAUACUAGUCCAAGUCCAAAGAAAACUAGAUUCUCCUUUUCAACACUAUUUAAAAGUAACAACGAACAGAACAAAGAUCGUGGCAUAUUUUUAAGGGAAAGUGAUGAAGAAGACAUAUCUCAAUGUUUGGAAACAUUAGGUAGCACCGAUACUGUGGACUUUGUGAAAACAAACGGUAACCAAAGAAUUUACGACGAAACCAAAGACACGAUCGCGGAGCCUCUUUAUUCCUUGUUGAGUGAAAUAUUUGACAUGAGGGGUGUCUUCAAAUAUCUGAGGAAAACCCUGAUAGCAUUCGUUCAAGUCAGUUAUGGACGCAGCAUUAACCGCCAAAUCCGGGACACAAUCGACUGGUGUCUAUCAGAACAAAUGUUGCAUUACUACGUCACACUUAUAUUAAAAAACUUCUGGCCUGGUGGAACUCUGACAGGUCCGUUGCCGGUGAGAAGUGAUGUGGAGAUAUUGGAAACGACGAAGAAAGCCAAAGAGUUGUUCAUGAACAACAUACCUGAAUUACUAACUACUCUAGUUGGAAGCACAGCCGCUAAGAACGGAGCAAAUAAAAUAUUUGUCGUUCUACAAGAUAAGAAUAUGAACAAACAGCUUUUAUAUGAAUUAUUAGAAUCGACCAUUGAUACAGUAUUUCCAGAACUGAAAUGAUCAACACAUAUUGGAGAUAUUUCUUAGCUGAGUUUAAUUGUGAUUUAUUUAUAUAUAUUCAGAGAAUUCAUUAUUUUAUCGGCUUAUAUAUUAAUUUGUUAUAGACUGGAACAAAAAAUAUUUUGACAAUAUUUAUGCCAUGUAUGUCAGAUAAGAACUAUAUUUCUUGUACCUGAAGUAACUUCGUACACAUUGUUGAAUAUAAUUUAACCUUCA